GAAUUGAAACCUGUGCCUGUUGAGACUCUGUCAAUGUCGUCAGCCAAAAUGCGGGGCCGGGGUUCGGCUCCUCCAACCUCUCUUUUAGGAUAGAGCACCUCAGUUCGCUCGCUCUUCCAGUCCCGUACGACGAGAAUGAUGAAAUUUGCAGUUUUAGAUCAACUCAACCAACUGUUGUAGAGCGAACUGCUUCAUAUAAAAGAGUCGUAUUCAAGAAACAUCGGGAUCACUAUUAUCGACAUUAUACUACCCUCUCGCAGUUUCAGAUCGACGUCAUGGUCCUACUCACAAUCGCCAGCGUGCUGUCUCUCGGCCUUGGAAGAGCACUUGCACAAUCUGGAGUCAUCAGUCCUCUUGCGCGGGCAUGUCCUGGAUAUUCAAACAACACUGAUGUGGUGUGCAUCAACCGCUAUGCCUCAGCUAUGCCGCCUUCUUUCGAACGCCAAAGCUCUACUGGAGGUGUAUUCUCGCCAAACGACACUUUUGUGGAGACUCAAGUACCUUCCGAUCCGUCUUUCGGUCUGGUGAAGAACGCAACAUUCGUCGUGUUCGACCAGCGUGGUAGCCAAAUUCUUGGUCCCUCUCCUAAGCUGGAGUCUGUGUUUGCAAGCCGCAAUGAUUCUAUUCAUGAAGGACCAGUUUAUGUUCCUUCGCUGGACGCUAUCAUUUUCUCCCUACCUCACCAAGGUAUCUACCAGCAACAGAUUAUUCAUCUCAAUGAUUCCACACCUCGAUUGGAGAACUAUACCACGACUCCUCCUGUUUAUGCAGUAAAUGGUGGCAAGCUCUUCAACGGAAAGAUCUACUGGGCUGUCGAGGCAGGUUUCUCAUUUCCUUCACCUCAGAAUGGCUCGCUGGUAGCUCAAAGACCUGGCAUCUAUGAGCUUGAUCCAUCUACUGGCGAGGUCACUACUCUGCUCAACAACUACUUUGGCCAAGCGUUCAACAGCCCCAAUGACCUCUGGGUAGAUGAUCAGGGUGACAUCUGGUUCACUGACUCGUGGUACGGUUAUGCCAUCAAUGUCACUGUAUAUCCAGUACUCCGACCGGCAACCUACCGCUUCAGGCCUUCUACUGGUCGCGUGUCCAUUGUCGAGGACAGUAUUGCUCAACCGAACGGUAUUGGGAUGUCUCCUGACCGUCGAACUAUGUACAUCAGCGAUACUGGUGUGACCGAUUUCGAGAACUACCCAGCGGACGGUCCUCUCGUUACAGCUACAACUCACUGGGAGGAAAUUCUUUUGGGAUCUUACAUCAUCAACAAGCGACCGAUCUACCAAGCCCAGACGUUUGGAGAUGAUGGUUUCCAUGUCGCUCAGAAUGGGUACCUUAUAGCAGCUGAAGGGGGAGGUGUUACUGUCUUGAGUGAAUACGGAGAGAUGCUUUUACGUAUCGAGACUGGCUUCACAGUCAACAACAUCCAGUUUGCUGGUCCCGAGAGAAAGGACCUUUGGGUGUUUGGCGAGGGCGAGAUUGCUCGUGUGACCUGGGAUUUGGUCGGUAUGGCAAACGAGUGAAUCAAGACACCGGGGCACAACAAACACGUGUCUUCGUGACGAAACACGAUAGAGAGAACGAUGUAGAGAUCUAAAGAUAUUAAC